UUGACUUCACACAAAAUAAAUCUGGUGGAGAAUUGCAUUAAUAUACCUAUCCCUGGUGCUGAACACUAUCCACUAACAUGUGCACCCAAACACUCACAUUGAAGGUGGCUGGCUGGAUACUGUCUGUCAAAUUGGAUAUUGCCUUGCUUUUUGGUUACGGUUUUGACAACAAAAGAUCUGCUUUCAGAUUUGUGCUGAACACUAUCUGCAGACAUGCACACACACAGACAGACAGGCAGUGGCACUCACACACAAAUAUACCUGUCCCUGAUAUUGGACACAAUCUACACUCACAUAUAAACAAACCUGUUCCUGAUGCUGAACACUUUUCACUGACACAUGAGUCCACCUCCCUCACACACAUUCAAACCUCCUUGCUCACACAGACACUGGCACACACAAACAUGUCCUUGAUUCUGAACACUAUCCACACCUGUAAAUAAUUGUAUCAGGUUGGUGAAAUAUUGAAAAGUUCUCUAUUCAUAAGCAUCUGUUUAACCACAACCAAAGCAUUUGUUAAUCAAGUGGUUGUGAAUAAAGACAUGCUGUCCACUAUCCUCACCCAUCUAAACAGGCCUGUCCCUGGUGCUGAACAGCCAUCUACUCUCCGGCCAACAUGCCUAUCCUACCCGAAGAUUCAUCCGAACACAAUUAGUAACAUAUUACAUACAUCAAGAAACACGUUUCUACCUAUUGUCCAUCGAAAUGCAAAAGAAAUGUUCCUUGUUACUGGUUCUCCUUGUUCAGAAAUCUGAAUUCCAUGGUCAUUUGUUUGGAUUAACCAUGAUCAAACAAUUGUUGUGAAUAGCAUUGUGACGAAAUUAAACAGUAACCAUAAGUAUUGCCAAUGACGCACGGAAAAAUAUCGAAAACCAUCGCAUUAUGACAUAUGGAAAAGUACCCAUGAACCAUUGCACUCGACAAUUGACGUUCUAGAAUGUCUCAGUGGAAUCCCUUGUAGCUAGCAACCAUCGCCAAAAUACUGGAUUCUCACAGUUCCCCUAACCACUUAGAAAAUCUGUCAAAGAUGGGACUUUCAUUAUCAACAAGGAAGCGCUACCAGAGGCUUGUAAAAGCAGUCCGUGUCAGUAAUGAUCUCGAGUUCUUUCAUUUGCUCAAGACAAAGGACUUUAUAUCUCCUAAAUCGGCGUUCCUUCUGGCGGAGCUCUUGCAGGAGACAUACGGAGAUCUGUACAGCAAACACGCCAAAGACUUCCGUCACCUCCUCCUGUCGUUCAUCACUUACCAGGCGUCCCCGGACUCUGCGGCACUACUGAUGUACCUGAGGGCGUUCUGCACGCCGGCGUCACUGACGGUGUUACAGACGAAGAGAGAUCCUCUGUUCCCAGCCAUACGGAUGUGUUCUUACAGUGGCAAGUCUAGAGUAGACAUGGUUUGUUCUCUGAUUCUCCUGAUUGAACAUGGCGUCGGUGUGUCGGCACGAACGAGACACGGACAAACAGCCUUACACAUAGCGGCCCUGUGCGACGUGACGGAGCUGGUGGACGUUCUUGUAGAGGCGGGUGUGCCGGUGGACGCCAGGGACGCCCAGGGGUGGACUCCGCUGCUCACAGCCGCCGCUGCCCGCCACGUCGUCUUUAUGGAGUUUCUUCUGGCUAACGGAGCAGACAUAAACGCCGUCACGCACCUGGGACAGACGCCCAUCCAUUUAGCAACAAAGACCAAGUUCUGUUUCGCCGAGCGCGAACGGGAUCCUUGUGCCUACCGGAAGAGCAGCCCCGAGCGAUCCGUCAGCGUGCAAGUCGGGUUUCUGACCGACUCUGGAGUGGACAUCAACCACGCUGACCGGCGUGGCAGAACGGCCCUACAUUACGCCGCCCAUGAGGGGGAGUAUUACCUAGUCAGCGCUCUCCUGUCGUACGGCGCUGACCCCGACAUGCGGACCCGUGACGCUGUCAGGGCGACGCCGUUGUACACUUUCCUAGACAACAGAGAGAACAUGUUCAGUUGCAUGUGCCUCUUACGCCUACUAGAGAGCACCGCGUACUGGCGGGGACUGUACUCCAAGCAGGGCACCUUACCGACCAUGCUGCAGAUAGACGACCAAAAUAUGCACAUGUACCAUCGCCUCUUCACAUCACUGAAGAAAGAGUUGAUCAAAGAGACCCACGUCCCGCCGACCCUGCAGAACUGUGCGUGUACGCCGUGCGGAGGCAGGUCCGCAGGUCCACCAGCCCCCUGCUCGCCGUUCAUGGUGAACACCGUGGCGAGUCUGCCUCUCCCCCCUGGGCCCUGAAACGGGAGGUGUGUCUGGACUCGCGGGCCGAGGACCUGACGCUCAGGUGGAUGAUGUCCUGCACAUCGGUCACGUUUGGCGAAGUGCUGCACGUGUAGCGUGGAAAUCAUCACUUUGCCAUCGGCAAUAGGGACGUCGUGGAGAAGUAUUGCACCAACUGUAGGAACAAUGCUA